AUGGCCCCUGCUGCUGCUGCCGCCCCGCGAUGUCUGCCUGCGUGCCUGUGUGCGUGCGUGCGUGCGUGCGUGCGUGCAUGCAUGCAUGCCAGUGCGCUUGGCUUGCCAAUCCCGACAACAAUAUCAAUCACAGAUGGCGAUUCGUUCUGCUGCUACUCGCUCACCAUCAUCCACUGCAGCGUUGAUGCCAUCUCGACAAGGAGCAGAGCGACUGAGCCUCACACUACACACCGCAGGACCUUUUGCCAAGAAGCCUUGUUGGCUGGCUUGUCUCGCACUCGGUGCUAGAGUUGGGACUAACAUCGACUGGCGCCGCACCUCUGCCUUGCGCACGCCUUUGUCGGUCCAAACAGCUCGACAUCUUUUCUCCUCCUCAACAUUAGCGACGCUUUCCAGCGACGAACCAUCUGCUGUUGCUACUGCGACCCCAAGUCCCGCGUUCGCAUCGGCCGAUUCGCAGCUUAGAACCUCGAUCCAGCGCCCAGAGCCAGGUUCGCCGUCACCAGCGUGUGCGUCUUCCCAUCUAGACACCCUCGCAGCUCGAGCGCCGCGAGAAGCGAGCGCGAUAAAGACGUUAGGGAGCAUCAAGCUUGCUUUGCCUAGCAGAGCAAUACAUCAUGUGAGUCAGACAGAACUUGCACUCUUACCCGCAGCGCGAAGGAUUGCAGCGAGCAAAUGUUGCGGGGUGGAUCAAGAUGUCAGAAGGUGAUGCGCAGCACCGUCGAGGAAGCGAAGAAGUCGACGUCCCAGGCGUAUCUGCGAAUAUUCUGGAUGUCGCAAUCGAGGAACCUUUGCGGACUUGUGCGGCUCGAGUGCUGACAAGUCGUCAUUCGCCUGUGCUCCACCUGUGCAGGGCCAAUGCGAACUUUUUAGAUAAGGCGGUGGAGAUGGUGAAGGAGGCGAUCGAGUUGGAUCAGGGUCAGAAGUAUGCAGAGGCGUACAGGCAGUAUAUGAAUAGCUUGGAUUACUUUUUGAUGGCUCUCAAAUGUGAGUGAGCGUGCGCACAGAUGCGAGCUUCGACCCAUUUAGGAAGCAGCACGACGGGCUAGGCACAUCAAAAGCUGCGUGCAGCCUUUCAGCCUGAUAGUCAACGCUGGCGCUCUCCUCUUUCUUUGCAGAUGAAAAGAAUGAGAAGCUGCGAACAAUGAUUCGAAGCAAAUUCGAAGAGUACGUCGCAAGGGCCGAGCAGCUUAAAGCCCACCUCGCAAAGCAAGCGGGUGGAGACGAGAAUGGCGGCAAAUCGGCAGUCGGAGCGAACGGCGGUACGAGCGAUUCGAGAAGUGGAAAGAAGGGCAAUGACGACGAUGGGGAUGCCGAGACGAAAAAGUUGAGGGCCAGCUUGAGCAGCGCUAUCCUGAGCGAGACCCCAAAUGUCUCGUGGGAUGAUGUCGCUGGUCUCACCACUGCGAAGGAAGCGCUCAAAGAGGCUGUAAUUUUGCCCAUCCGCUUCCCUCAGCUUUUCACUGGUGAGUGGCCCCUCCAUGACGGCUCCUACAGUUGGUGGGGCGAGCUCAUGACGACGCUUCUUCGCCUCACGCAUUGGUGCAGGCAAGCGCACACCAUGGCGAGGAAUCCUGCUUUACGGACCUCCUGGUACUGGAAAGAGUUUCUUGGCAAAAGCCGUGGCCACAGAGGCGAAGUCGACCUUCUUCAGUGUUUCAUCAUCCGAUCUUGUCUCCAAAUGGAUGGGAGAAUCAGAGAGGCUGGUCAAGCAGCUGUUUGCCAUGGCCCGUGAAGCCAAGCCCAGUAUCAUCUUCAUCGACGAAGUGGACAGCUUGUGCGGGACGAGAGGAGAAGGAGAAAGCGAAGCGAGCAGAAGGAUCAAGACUGAAUUUUUGGUCCAGAUGAACGGCGUUGGCAACGACGAAGCUGGCGUGCUGGUGUUAGGAGCUACAAACAUUCCUUGGCAGCUGGAUAUCGCCAUCAAGAGACGUUUCGAGAAGAGGAUUUACAUCCCACUGCCGGAGGUGGAAGCCAGGAAACGCAUGUUUGAGCUUCAGGUCGGCACUACACCUUCCAAGCUAACAUCGCAGGACUACAGAGGGCUAGCAGAGAGGACAGAAGGGUGAGUUCCGAGUCACGUAAACAGCUGAACAUUGUUCAGCUACUGACAAAUACGCGACUUGCCGCGCCCGCCAUGCAGCUACACCGGAUCGGAUAUCAGCGUGCUUGUGAGGGACGCUUUGAUGCAGCCAGUGCGCAAAGUGCUCUCUGCGACCCACUUCAAGAAGAUCAUGGCUCCCGCCAGGGUAAAGGAAGGAGAAAAAGUGUCCAGCGAUGUGCAGACGGAGUAUUUGACACCAUGUUCGCCUGGUGAUCCUGAUGCUGUCGAAAUGGGCUGGGAGAGCGUAGACAGCAAAGAUCUGUACGAGGUCGGUGUACGGCUUUUGUAG